UUGGAGCUUACAGACUGCAGGGCAGCUAAAGCCCACCCAUCAGUGCUGAUCCAGUCACAUCUGCUCAGUCGUGCGACAAGGUUGGGGCUUUUAGAGCAGGGAGAAGCUAAAGUUCACCUUUUUUGCUGCUGAACGCCAAGCAACAAGAGGAGCCCAGUUCUUCGGCGGAACCUUUCACUGUGGCAAAAAUGGGUGACUGGAGUUUCUUGGGGAACAUUUUAGAAGAGGUGAAUGAACAAUCCACGGUCAUUGGGAGAGUCUGGCUGACCGUCCUCUUCAUUUUUCGGAUCCUAAUCCUUGGGACUGCUGCAGAAUUUGUAUGGGGAGAUGAACAGUCAGAUUUUGUGUGCAACACCCAGCAGCCAGGUUGUGAAAAUGUGUGCUACGACGAGGCCUUCCCCAUCUCCCACAUCCGACUGUGGGUCCUGCAGAUCAUCUUUGUCUCCACUCCCUCGCUGGUUUAUUUGGGCCAUGCUGCACAUCAUGUAAGGAUGGAAGAGAAAAGGAAAGAGCGGGAAGAAGCAGAGAGGGCUCAGCAAGCUGCGGCACACGAAGAAAACUCACCCCUUGAUCCAGACCGGAAGAGCCCUAUAACCACAAGAGAAGCAAGUUCCAAGGGGACCAAGAAGUUCCACCUUGAGGGAACGCUUCUGAGAACCUACAUUUGCCACAUCUUUUUCAAAACCCUUUUUGAGGUGGGGUUCAUAGUGGGCCAGUACUUCUUAUAUGGCUUCCGAAUUCUUCCGCUUUACCGCUGUGGCAGAUGGCCUUGCCCCAACCUCGUGGACUGUUUUGUGUCCAGGCCUACCGAAAAGACUGUUUUCAUUGUGUUUAUGCUGGCUGUGGCAUCAGUCUCUCUCUUCCUCAAUCUUGUAGAGAUCAGCCACUUAGGCUUUAAGAAGAUCCUGGGUGCUUUCAGGAGGCCAGUGGAACAAGAGCCUCAGGAGACCCCAGAGAAACCCCUUCAUUCUAUCGCAGUUUCAUCUAUCCAGAAGGUCAAAGGCUACAAGUUGCUGGAGGAAGAGGAGAAGCCGACGUUCCACUAUUUCCCUUUGACUGAAGUGGGAGUAGAAACCACCCCCGUUCCCCCCUCAUUCAACGACUUUGAGGAGAAGAUCAGCAUGGAACGCCUGAAAGACCUUUCCAGGGCCUUGGGGGAGCACCUGCCUUCCUACGCUCAUGUGGAUGAACAGGAGGAGGAGAAAGUUGAAGCAGGAGAGGAGCCGGAACAGGAAGUGGCUGAGGCGGCGGCCCAGGAACAGAGGGUGGAAUUGGUGACUGAGGAAGCCCCAGAGAAAGGAGAAGAUGACAAGCAUAUGGAGGAGGAACAAGAGCCAGAGCCACCGGGAGACGACUUGCCUUUACCAUCCGCUGAUCUUACAGCUGACACAAGACCCCUCAGCAGGUUAAGCAAAGCCAGUAGUCGUGCCAGGUCAGAUGAUCUGACUGUAUGAGGGUACUGGCUCGAGUGGCUCUGAAGAAGCCACAGAAAUACAUAUAUAUCUCAGAUGUCUCAAAACAAAGUGCUAAACCAGUCAUUUUAAUAUUAUUUCUUAUCAGUGUUUUUGGCUAGAAAGGUGCUAUCGUGCUAUCAACGCUAACUGCCUUGUCAGUCCUGUUUGUCCUACACAUGGAGCUAGCUGUCCUACAGUGACCCAUUUAACCAAAGAGUCCCUCUUCCUUCACAUACAAAUGCCUCACAUACAAGCGCACUAUAUACAGCACUGACAUCCAAGGGGGAAAGCCUUCCUAAAGCAACGAAGACAGACGUAAUAACUGCGAUCACAACCUGUUUUCAUGCUCCUCUUUUCUCCGGGGAUGCGGGAAGCCUGUUUCUUCAUUUGGUUAUCAUAAGAUAUUGAUAAACUGUUAACUUGGGUAUUUCUUUGUUUGGUGUUUGCUUUGGCCACAACAGUUUUGAUUCUUCCUUCCUUGUUGAGCCUCGAGCGCAAGUUAUUUUCCUCACAAAAAGGGAUACCGGCAAUUAGUAUUGUUAAAUGAGAUCCAUUUAUCCCCCUGUGAAAGAACAAAAGCUGCAGUGUUUGCCUGUGGAGAUAAAUGUGGUUUACUUAUACUUGUAUCCCCUGGUCCAGUUCAGACACUUAACGUUUUGUCCCUGCAAAAUAUCCCAACCCGUUGUUGCAAAGAACUUAUGACUCCUCAGAUACAACAGUGCCUCCUAGGAGCAAUUUACGUGGUUGUGUCAUGCUGCUGUAUUUUUAAAAAAUUGGUUCUGAGGGACAUGUCAAGGACCUGGGUCACUUAUUAUUAUAAUAGCUAUUAAUUAAUUAAUUAUGUUAAGUUGUUUUAUCUUGUCCCAGGCAACCCAAAGCAACUUACAAGCAAAUACUGGUUUCUCUUCAUAAAUGUGGCCUCCAGGACAGAAGAGCACAUCAUCUAGAGCAGUUGUGUGGAACCUCUAGCUCAUGGGCCUGAUUUGACCUCCUCCUAUGACCUGUGAAACUUAGGUCAAGCCAUGGCUCACCCACAUAUACCUUACACCGUAUAUCACCAUCAAGUAAAGGGCAGGUAAAGGUGCAGCUGUGCCGAAAGCCUUGUGUGUUCAGCUGAUUGUCGGCACUUGCAAAAUCCUAAGCAGUGGGGGACAGGUGUUAAAAACAUGACCUGGACUCUGCUACUGAUUUGGUUUAGUUACCUUUCUUAUACUGUCCUACUUUUGCUAGUGGUGGUGGGAAUCCCCUUCUGUUUUCAGGGGGUUAAUCAUCUCUUGCCCCUGCCACACGGGGGAAAUUUUUGAUUGCUUUAUAGGAAGACAUUUCCUUGCAUUUUUGAGGGGGAAAUCGUCUGCCUUACUUUAGUCAACUUUACAAAGUGGCAAGGGUCCCUCCCUCCCUCCAAAUAACUGCUACGGCUCCUUGCUGUAGCUGUGAAGUUCUUCAUAGCCUUAGUGUGGCACCCAAACCC